AUGCUGCAAGAGCGGCUCCCCGAUCUCCGCCAAGAAUCGCAUGCCUUGUAUAAGAUCUGUCUGGCGUUUCAGCUUUCGCUCGCCAGCAAUCUCACGCCGCGCUUCUUCGAGUACCUUGACACAGCAAUGCGGACAUUUCGAUCCGAACUGGCGCGUAGCACCAGCCUCGCGGAUGGUAUGCUAACUGCCGAGACUGUUACGAUCCAUCUGGAACGCGUGCACAGCAUCCUACACAGCCAUUGCUUCGAAAAUCUGCGCGAUCCCUCCAUGUCCGACUUUCGCACCCACCUCCUGGAGGUCAUGAGGGUCAUCGACCUACCCUGUUUCUCUGUUGGCUGCCGCAUUCCCUGCAUCGGCAUCUGGCGCCGCUACUGCCAGGCCGCGCGCCCAAGAGACGGCGUCGAGCCCGUAACGGCCCACCAGCUGGCCGCGAUCUUGACUCUUCGCCGCCAGACCCGGGAUAUGGUGAGCCCUGCCGCCACGCCGCACAAUCUGCAUCUGCCGAACCCGGCCACCGUAUUAACAUGGCGGCACCCCCAACCAAACCCGUGUCCCGUGGGCACAACGGUCCUGGUGGCCCGAGUGUUAGCUAACCUCGACGCGCUCCGUCUGGGGUUUCGAGAGCGUCCAACUGAAGGUACUUUCAUCAAGAAUGCUAUUCUCUACCCGCUCUUUGCUGCGGGGAUGGACAUUCCUGUUCUCAAUCGCAGGCCGUAUUGGAAGGAUACCAUCCGCAGUUGCGCUCUGGGCACUUACCAGGAUGGGAUUCUUCUCAACUUGCUGGAAGAGAUAUGGGAGAGAAAUGAUCCUGAUCUCACUACGGACGACUUGGCCCGAAGCAGAGGAAUCGAAACCGGAUUGAUAUGA